UGCGCAUGACUCACAUACUUCAGGAAGCUGUGGUAAAUGCGUCUUCCUUUACUCUGAGAUCUGGAAGUACACCAUCAUGGCAGAUCUAAAGAGAUAUUGGUGUGACUGGGCUCUAGAUCCACUCUCUGAAAAACAGAGUCAGCAGCAGAUAUUUUCUCCCAUCCUUUGGAUCCUUCUCCUCCUCCUACUCAUGGGGCUAGGAGCCUCUGGAAAGGAAACACCCCCAACAGUGAUAUCAGGGGUCCUAGGGGGUUCUGUGACUUUCCUCCUAAACAUCUCAAGGGAUGCAGAGAUUGAGCAUGUCAUCUGGAAUUUCCCCCCAAAGGCUCUUGCUUUAGUAUUCUACAAAAAAGAUAUAAUGAUUCUGCACAAAGAAUACAAUGGUCGGCUCAACGUCAGCGAAGAUGGCUGCUCCUUGUACAUGAGUAACCUAACCAAGAACGAUUCAGGAUCCUACCAGGCUCAGAUAAACCAAAAGAAUGUUGUCGCCCCCAUAAAGAAAGAGUUCACACUGCACAUCUAUGAGCAGCUACAGGAGCCUCAAGUCGCCGUGAAAUCUGUGACCCCAUCCGAGCAUGAUUCCUGCACCGUCACCCUAAUCUGCACUGUCAAUGGGGCAAAGGACGGUGUCCAGUUCAGCUGGACCCAAAAGGGCACCCAUGUUAAUACAUCCGACGGAAGCCACAUCCUCAGGGUUUCCCAGAGCGCCUGUGACCUGGACCUGCCGUAUACCUGCACAGCCCGGAAUCCAGUCAGCCAAAACAGAUCCCAACCUGUCCGCGUCUGGCAGUUCUGCGCAGGAGCCUUCAGAAGAACAGCAGCAUCGGGGGAGACUGUGGUGGGGAUCCUGGGAGAGCCAGUGACCCUGCCCUUGGUAUCUCGGGCCAGUCAGGACGCAAAGAAUGUUGUCUGGGUGUUUAACACGUCGGUUAUCAGGCAAGAACCGAAAGGAGCAGCAACAGCGGAUCCUCACCAUAAGCCCAAAGGUUCUGAAGAAAGGAGGGUGAGGAUCUCUGACCAGGACCGCUCCCUGAAGAUCAGCCAGCUGAAGGAGGAGGACACAGGCUCCUACCGUGCCUAUGUGUGCUCGGAGGCCUCCAGAGAACCCAGAGUGAGACACUUCACCCUGCUUGUCUACCAGAGACUGAAGAAGCCCAAGGUCACCCAGAGUCCUGUGCACAUGAAGAAUGGCAUCUGCGAGGUUGUCCUGACCUGCUCAGUGGAAGGUGGAGGAAACAAUGUGACGUACACAUGGAUGACUCUACAAAAGGAAGCUGUUAUGUCCCAAGGGAAGUCACACCUUAAUGUGUCCUGGAAAAGUGGUGAACACAUGCCCAGCUUCACAUGCACAGCCCGUAACCCUGUCAGCAGCAGCUCCAGCCAGUUCUCUUCUGGGACCAUCUGUUCAGGCCCUGAGAGAAACAAGAGGCUUUGGUGGCUCCUGCUCCUCCUGGUUGUGUUCUUGGGGGUGCUCGUUGGCAGUUACUUCAUUUUGAAGAAAAAGAAGCAGUGUCCAUCUUUGGCCACCAGGUACAGCCAGGCCGAGGUCCCAGCUGAAAUACCAGAAACCCCAACUGGCCAUGUACAAUUUUCUGUGCUCUCCCAACGGUAUGAGAAACUAGACAUGCCCGCUAAGACGACCAGGCAUCAGCCUACACCCACCUCAGACACCAGCUCUGAGAGCAGUGCAACAACAGAAGAGGAUGACAAAAAGACCAGAAUGCACAGCUCUGCUAAUGGUAGAAAUCAGGUGUAUGACUUGGUCACCCAAGAGGUCACUGGACAUGACUUGGCCUAUGAGGGGCAAGCAGUCACUUCAGCUGAUAAAGGGGCUGAGUCUACGGAUGAAGAGGACAUGGCAUACACAGUAGUGUCUGUGAAUGUGCAGGGAGAAACCCCACUUCCUCAGAAGAAAGAAGACUCAAAUACAAUCUACUGCUCUGUACAGAAGCCUAAAAUGACAGUGCAAACACCACAGCAAGAUACUGAGUCUCCUGAAAACCCUACCUAUGAAAACUUCACCUAACGUGAAAAGCUGAAAAGCGGCUGCUACUUCUGGGGGCAAGGAUUUGAAGAAAAACAAACAUCAUAAAUCCUGUUGUUUCUGUAGAAAGGACACAUGGGAGUUUCCUACCAUGGCUUAGACUUGCCUGAAUUUGAUGCCUUCCUCUUCUUGUCAUCCUCCUUACCCCAUGAGCCCGUUUACAGGUCAGGCAGAGUUUCCUUGGAGCCUACAGGCUUUGAACACCCUGGCUUUAUCUGUCUCUGUUCAUCCUUUACAGUUCCUCCUCUGAACUACUAAAACUCUUCAGAGAGUGUUCUCCUGCACACCGCUUUGGAUGCUCUUGGCUUCUGUUCCCUGUGUUGCAUACAUUAGAUUACCUAUUAAUUCAAGCAGAGCUUUAUUCUCAAUGAGAGCUUAUGUAUGUAUGACCAGUGUGUGGUUUGAAUAUGUAUGCCCCCUCAUAGGCUUAUUUACUUGAAUGCUUAGUCAUAAGAAGGGGGAGAAACGGCUUGAGAAGAUUAGGAGUGGGCGUGGCCUUGUUGGAAUAGGUGUAGCCUUGUUGGGAGAGUAUGUUACUGGAGGCGGAGCUUGGGCAUUCCAAAAAGCCCAGUGUCUCUCUCUUCCUGCUACCUGCACAUCUGGAUGGAGAACUCUCAGCUCCUUCCCCAGCACCAUGUCUGCUUACAUACUACCAUGAUGUGAUGAGCUAAAGCUCUAAAACUGUGAGCCAGCCCAAUUAAAUGUCUUCUCUCAUAAGAGUUGCCUUGGUCAUGGGGUCUCAUCAUAGCAAUAAAACACUAAUUAAGACAGAA